UGCCUAGCUUGGGAGGCGGGGCUCCACUCAGGGGCGGGACGGGAAGGGGUGGGCGGGACUCCUCGGGGGUGGGACUCCAGCCUCCGUGGCGGGUGGCUGGCGGUCCCGUCAGGUCGGAGGAGGCAAUGGCUGCACGCGCUUUGAGGCUGCUGACCACACUGCUGGCCGUCGCCGCCGCUGCCUCCCAGGCCGAGGUCGAGUCCGAGGCGGGAUGGGACAUGGCGGCGCCUGAUCUGCUCUUCGCAGAGGGGACCGCUGCCUACGCGCGCAGGGACUGGGCGGGGGUUGUACUGAGCAUGGAGCGGGCGCUGCGCUCGCGGGCCGCCCUGCGCGCCCUCCGCCUGCGCUGCCGCACCCGCUGUGCCGCCGACCUCCCGUGGGAGCUGGGCCCCGACUCGUCCCCGAGCCUGGCACAGGCCUCGGGCGCCACCGCCCUGCACGACCUGCGCUUCUUUGGGGGCCUGCUGCGCCGCGCCGCCUGCCUGCGCCGCUGCCUCGGGCCGCCGGCCUCCCACUCGCUCAGCGAGGAGCUGGAGUUGGAGUUCCGCAAGCGGAGCCCCUACAACUACCUGCAAGUCGCCUACUUCAAGAUCAACAAGUUGGAGAAAGCUGUAGCAGCAGCACACACCUUCUUCGUGGGCAAUCCUGAACACGUGGAGAUGCGGCAGAACCUAGACUAUUACCAAACCAUGUCUGGAGUGAAGGAAGCCGACUUCAAGGAUCUUGAGGCCAAACCCCAUAUGCACGAGUUCCGGCUGGGAGUGCGGCUCUACUCGGAGGAGCAGCCGCACGAAGCCGUGGCCCACCUGGAGGCGGCGCUGCGAGAGUACCUGGUGGCGGACGCGGAGUGCCGCGCCCUGUGCGAGGGGCCCUACGACUAUGACGGCUACAACUACCUGGAGUACAACGCCGACCUCUUCCAGGCCAUCGCAGAUCAUUACAUCCAGGUCCUCAGCUGUAAGCAGAACUGCGUCACGGAGCUGGCUUCCCACCCAAGUCGAGAGAAGCCCUUUGAAGACUUCCUUCCAUCACAUUAUAAUUAUCUGCAGUUCGCCUACUAUAACAGUAAGGCCUACUUUCUUCCUUCUCUGCCGCUUUUCAGCAGGAAGCCAAAAGCAAGGGAGGCAGGGAUGAUGGCCACUCUGCACGUCGGCAUCUUUGGCUUCUCACUGUGACCUGGGACUCCGGGAGGCACCGUGCCGGGUGACCCCUGCCUGCUUUGUGACAAGCCACUGGCCCCAGAAGCCAAUGCUAGUAACCCAAAAAGCUGGGAGACGGAGACCUAGGACCUCUGUCCUCGUCCCUUCUAGAACACUGAUAAUCUGACUCUGAAUCCGAGUUCAGUUAGAGCAAAGGCAAGGGUGUACUACCAUUUAAACCAGCUCACGGGACAUUUUCCAGCCCUUCGUCGCACAAUAGUGCGGAUGCUCUGGGUGGUGCGGGGUGGGGGGCUGCCAGUAUCCAAACCAGCAACAAGUCAGCAGGUCCUCAUCGAGUUCCUACUGUGUGCUAAGCAUCACCGCAUAUUCGAGAGUGUGAGGUGUUUAUCGUUGCGCUGAGACCAACACAUGCAAACAAGCACUGCUCCUCCGUGGAAGAGGCCACCUGCUGUUGUAGUGUCCCCAUCUUCUGAAAAUCUGCAGGGAAAAGAAGAUAGGAAGAUGGGACUCUUCCUAAAAUUGGUCUAAUAUGAGGCCAGUGUUUAACUGACUUGUGAAAUUAUAAAGAUGUGGGCGUUCAGGUGCCUGGGUGGCUCAGUCGUUAAGCG